AUGAAAAUACUUCUCGAUGAUGGUGGCAGUCCAGUGUCAACUUUAGAAUUCGAAGUUGUCAAUAAACGUGAUGUUGAUAAAAGCAGUUUAUUAGAAUGUUCAACAUCAAUAAUUAAAAAUUUUACAGCUUGUUUAUCGUAUAUUAGAAAAAAUGAAUAUCGUUUAAAACAAAAUAUAUUUACAAAUACUGCAUUUGAUUUAGAAUAUAUUCUUAAAAAUAAUUUUGAUUCAUUACACCGUUAUUUUGCUCGUCAGCACAGAAGACUUCGUAAGAAUACACUGAGUAAAUAUUUACUUCAUUACAAUCACUUCACAGGACAAGAUCAUUGUGUACAACAAUGCCCGUCAGUAGUCCAUUGUUUGACAUUAAUCAAUUAA